UCUAGCGAGACAGAGUAUUCUGGAUUGUUUUCAUAUCAUGUCGCUACAAACACCAUCCUGUCACCAUCCGUCGGCGUCGCUGCCGGAUGUUAUGUCAGUUAAAUCUCGAAUAACUCAUUGCAUUGUUUUUCAUAAUAAAAAACGUAAACUCUACAUAUAUGGAGGGCAGCGUGUGAAAACGGAUAUUCAUGAAUUUAUCUGUUAUGAUGUCGAUACCCAGAUUUUAGAAAUUUUAAAUAAAAACGACAAUAAUUAUAAACAUAGCCAUCCAUUAAAGUACGAUGUUUAG